CGAGCAGCAGUUCAGUUGCUUGUCGAGAUCCGCACCGAGAUGAGCUUUAGCUGGAGCGUGCUUUUUGGUUUUCUUAUGGCACUCGCCGCUGUCAAUGGGCAGACUGAGCUGUCCAUAGUUUCUCGCGUGGAUUGGCGCGCCCGGCCGCCAAAUGGGGAAAUGACGAUGAUGACGCUACCGCUGAGCCGGGCCAUUAUCGCUCACACGGCUGGGCGUGGCUGCACCGAUGAUCAGAGCUGUGCGGCCCAGGUGGCCAGCAUUCAGACGUACCAGAUGAUGAGAAUGAAGUACUCGGAUAUUAGCUAUCACUAUUUGGUUGGCGGCAAUGGCCUUGUCUACGAGGGACGCAGUCCAAGUCAACAGGGCGCAAUUGCGGCUGGUAAUAAUGCCGGCAACCUGGCCAUUGCCUUCAUUGGAAACUUCGAGGAGCAGCCGCCAACGGAUGCAGCUCUGGCUGCUGCACAGUCAUUACUGGAUCAUGCUGUCAGACAGGGUCAGCUUGCCGAGAAUUAUCAGCUGGUGGGCCAUCGUCAGCUGAGCGCCACCAAAAGUCCGGGAGAUGCGUUGUACGUUGUCGUGCAGAGCUGGCCGCAUUGGAGCAGUAUUUAAUGUUAAGUAGAUGCCGUGCUUAGAUUUCGACACGUAAAGACCAUUCCUUACACAUUUAUUGUAAAUAUAAUUAUGUAUAAUUUGUUGUUUGCUUAAAUACGAAUACUAAACUUUUAA